UCGACACUAACGGUGUCCCGGGAUCCCGAGGACACCAAAAAUCCGCAAGGGAUCCUAAAGUUCACAAUUUCGGUGUUCCGUCGGGACUCUUGAUUUUCAGAUAAAAUAUGAUUCUAAAAAAAUGAAAUUCUCCAGUCUUGUUCGCUCAAACAUCGGUCUUUUGCUAAGCGUAAACAGAGACCGCAAUUUUACGUUGUUUAUUAUAUGCUAUAUAAGCGUAAAUACCGAGGUGUAUCGAGUGUUCAAAAGUAAACCGUUAAACGCAAUAUCUUGGCCAAUACCAAAGCGAAUAAAGCCGAUGUAUCCAAAUGAAAAAUCUGGACGGUGUUAAGGUAAUUUUUUCACCAUAAAUUUCGCUAUUUGUAAAGGAACACUGUUUUUUGCCUUGUCUAUCGUUAUUCCGAGGUUAAUUCAUUUCAAACUAAUUAUGUGGAGGUUUUUGGAUGGUGUGAGCGAACCAAUCGCUAAAAAGCCAAAAACUAAGCAGGAACAGUUGGAAACUCAACGCCUUUAUGAUAAAACGAAAAGAAAACGGAAUUUUCAAGAUUCAUGGAAGUCUGAGUAUAGUUGGCUAAAAUGUGAUGACGAGUCGGUGGGAAUGGUUUGUACAGUGUGUGUUAAGUUCGAAGAGUCAGGGUCCUUUGUAACUGGAUGUACAAACUUCAAAAUUCAGACCAUUAAGAAACAUGCCAUGAGUGAAAGUCACUGCCAAAAUACUCGAAAGUCUGAAGCUAGGUCUUCCUCCACCAGUACUGCUAGUGAGAGAUCACUUAGUAUGCUUAACUCUGCAGCAAUCAAUAAGCUACGAAUUCUUUUUUGCAAUGCACAUUACAUCGCAAAACUUGGUCGCCCAUACUCUGACUAUGUACACCUAUGUAAACUUGACCGCGGUAACAAACAAUUAGAUAUUGGGCACACUUACACCACUGACAAGUAUUGUCAAGUUUUUGUUCGGUCAAUUGCUGACACUAUUCGUCAAACACAAAAGGACCACAUUAGUAACAGCAAAUUUAUAUCUGUGAUUAGUGAUGGCUCAACAGAUUGUUCAUCUAAAGAAGCAGAGUGUAUUAUGCUCAGAUCUGCUGCCGCUGGCAAGGUUUUAACACAGUUUAUUGGCCUGAAGCAUGUAGCAAAGGCAGAUAGCGAACAGAUCAGUCGUGCUAUUAUUGAAACACUAAAUGAGAGAAUAGGUGAUACAUGGGAAGAAAAGUUGCUGGCUGUUGGGUGUGAUGGAGCAUCGGUUAUGCUUGGGGUGAAGAAUGGCGUUGUGCAGAAGUUAAGACAACACACCAACAAACCCAAAACAUUCUCCAUCCACUGUUCUGCUCACAGACUUGAGUUGAGUUUUAAGGAUGCCAUGAAACAAGUGCCUGCGAAAGUUCACCAGAAGUGUGAAGCCUUGCUGCUCAAUAUAUAUUUAUUUUACAAAUACAGUCCACUAAAUAGGGCCAACUUAAAGGUGUCGUUUGAAACACUUGGUGAGAAAAUGGUAAUACCUACACGGGUUGGUGGAACGAGGUGGCUGCCUCAUACCCGAAGAGCGUUAAAGCACCUACUAAUGGGGAAAACAGCUAUCAUCCAGCACCUAGAGCAGAUACAGAAUCCAAAUGAUAGUUCCCACAGAAAAGAGUCGGCUGCUAAAGCGAAGAACUAUUUAAAACUGCUGAAAGAAGACCAGGUUGUGGUGUGGCUGCACUUUUUGAUGGAUGUAGUAUCCUGCCUGUCCAAGGUAUCAGAGGUUAUACAAGAAAAAAAUUCAACUCUAGCUGAUGUAUGGAAUGAGUUGCAGUCUGCCAAAGUGAUUAUGAUGCGAUAUCAGGACAGGAAACUAUGGGGAUGAUGACGUGUUAGAACUAGUAGAAACCUGCAAAACCCAGCUACAGUCUGCUGGCUGUGAAACAGAUGAAAUAGAGAAUGAGUGGAUUCGAUUCAAGACAGACAUAUGCAACAGCAAGAAGACCCUGAUUAAUUGUUUAUCCUGGGAAAAAUUGUGGUCUAGUGAAUCCAAAUAUCCAAACUUCUUCUGUCUUGUGAGUCUACUCCUGAGCUUACCAUCAAGCUCAGUAGAUGCAGAGAGAGGUUUUUCAAGAAUGAAGAUUCAGAAGAAUGACUGGAGGGCGAGAUUGGGGGAUCGCAACCUCAGUGACCUCAUGCUCAUCAGCAUGGAGGGUCCUGACGUUGGUGAAUUUGAUCCCGACCCAGCAAUCAAACUCUGGGAGUCUGACA